AUGAACUCUCCUCCUUCCUCGUUGGUCAAAUUUCCCCAUCACCCCCCACUUAACGCUUUGACACGUUCGAACCCUUUCCAAUCCGAUCAUACCUCCACCACAUCGACCACUCACCAUCCCCAAACCAACCUACAGCAGGCCAGCACUCUUCGUCCGACACCGAUUAAUCUGGUAGCCAAACCUCGAAAUACCUGUCAUUUUCAACCUACCACCCAAUACCCUUAUUAUCACUCUCGAUCCGAGAAUGAAGGUAUCACAACGGAAACCCUUGAUGACAUAAUUAAUUCAAUCCUCAGCGAUGAAGAACGUGUCAAGUAUGAAUCAAAAUUGUUUCUACCUCUUCACGAUCUCAUAUUUCCCAGUAAUCGUCCAAAACGCACCGCCACUCGUUCCCAGAACAGUUUCAUCAUAUUCCGAAAAGACUAUCAGGCUCGCAUAACUGCCGAGCAAGGACCCGAGGUCGGGUCACGACUUAAAGAUAUAUCUCGCAGUGCGAGCAUUUUUUGGAGGAAUUGUUCACCAGAGGAUAAGUACAUGUAUGAUCGGAUUGCUGCGUGUACCAAAAAAUUGCACGACAGAAUGUCUCCCAAUUACAUAUGCAAACCGAUGAGAAAGUAUGAUGGCCACUGUGGGAAUGGUCGAAUUUUUGAAAGAUAUUCGGCCACCUUUUUUAUGCCAAUCUCUCAAGAUCAACGAAACAGAGUACCUUCCUCGUCUUCUAUAGGUCACACCUACUCGUAUGCUUCUGCAAAUCGAUGCGCAAAACCAAUUUCUAACCAUUUUAGUAACAGCCAUUCUUCAGGCAAUAAUGAUACCUAUGACUCGAUAUGUUUAAGACUGGAAUCUAUCAAACGCGAUUCCAUUUCGCAUUGCCAAUUUAGGCCAUCAGGUGCCCGACUGCAAAUCAACUCGUUAUCUUCUUAUGACAAAUCUCUCAUAGAAUCGGUUGAUAGAAACACUCGGAUCUGA